GAACUGCCUCUUCAGGGAAGUGGAAUUCGCAGCCCAGAGGCUGGAGGCAGCCUUGGAGGAGAUCCAGAGGAGGGCAGAGGCGCCACAGGAGGAAAAAGAACAGAGAAAGUUAGAUGAUGCACUUGAGAAUGCUCGACUGGAAAUUGAAAAGCUGAAAAAUAAUCUGAUAAAGCUAAAAGAAAGUGAUGCAACUGAUUUACUGAGAGCAAGAGAACAUAACCAGAGGCUGGACCAGGAGAUUCUAGCCUUAAGAAACCGGAUUCGAUCACUUGACUCUGAGAAAAAGGUGCUUGGAGAAAUGAUACUGAAAAUGAGCCAAGAAAAUGUUAAAGUACCUGAGAGUGACUUGUCAGAAGAGAGAGAGAGACAACAGCACCUGGCAUCUGCUUUCAUUGGUAUUCAGGAGUCCUUGAGAGUGGAUACUGAGGAAUUCCAAAAAUCAAAAUCAGAACUCUUGUGCCUUUAUAAGGAAAUUCAAAGUCUUCCAAGGGCUGAGGGCAGAGACCAGUUUUUAAUAACAUAUAACCUGCUACAAAGAGAGAAUUCUGAAUUAGAAGCCAAGGUCUUGAAGUUUUCACAAGAAUUGGAACAGUUAAAACGUUGUUCUAUAGGGGACAGAACUGCUAGUUUAAUGACAAGUGAAAACCUCUAUGAAGAGCUGGUGUCUAAAGUGCCACUUUUGGAAGCAGAGCUUCUGAGCCCAAGUGAAGAAAGGCAGGCAUUUUGUUCUGAAUUAGGAGAAAGUAAGCAGGAGGAGAUGCCAAAGGAGUCAGUGAAGGUGGCCGCUUUUCCAAGAGAGAGUCAGGAGGGGCCGCAGCAGAAUGGAGACCAUGAACAGCUGUUGGCCAAGGAGCCCAGAGAAAGGCCUGGAGAAGAGCUGAGCAUCCAGUCUCAGCCAUGUGGGGAUAGUUCAGAUGACAGUAGCACCCAGUAUCUAACAUCUGGGGAGAAAGCCAAUUGCCAGCAUCAAGGGGAAGUACAGCAACUGCGACAGAACCUGCACCGCCUCCAGAUCCUGUGCAACUCGGCUGAAAAGGAGCUGCGAUAUGAGCGAGGCAGGAGCUCAGACUUGAAACAGCACAACAGUUUGCUUCAGGAGGAGAACAUCAAGAUCAAAAUCGAACUCAAGCAGGCCCAGGAGAAGUUGCUAGACAACGCCAGGAUGCACUCGUCACUCACGGCAGAAUGGAAACACUGUCAGCAGAGAGUCCGGGAGCUGGAGCUGGAAGAACUUAGGCAGGCUCAGAUCAUUAAAUCCCAGCAGAGCCUUCAGGAAAAGCUGGCUCAGGAGAAAUCAAAAGCGGCCGAUGCACAGGAAAAGAUUUUGGAUCUGCAGCAGAAGUUAGACCAUGCUCGACAAGUCUGCCUUUCGGAUGCUUGUACUUCGCAUAAGAAGCAACUGGAGGACGAGAUCCAGGAAGCAAAGAACAAUGAGAAUAGGCUGCAGCAGCAGUGUCAAGAGGAGCAGCAGAGGAGGGUACUCCUGGGCCAGGAAAUAAAUGAGCUCCAGAGGCAAGUGAGAACCCUGCAGGAUAAGGAGGACCAACAGGAAGCAACCAACUCCCAGCAACAAGAGGCUCUACGCAAACAAGUGGAAAAUGAGAGAAUGAAGUGUGAAGAGUAUGUCAAGAGCAACCAGGAACUGUCGGAGAACCUGGCGAGGUUACAGCAAGAAAAGGAAGCUCUAUGGAAAGAACACGGGAGGUUUUUGGAGCAACUUGGUGAGCAUGUGAGAAACUACAAAGACAAACACCACUGCCACAAAGCCAAGCUUCAAAAGGUCAAGGACCAUCUGACUCAUGAGUUAGAAGUACGAAAUAAGAGGAUUGAAGAACUUGAAGAUGAAACCGGGAAACUGCAACAAAAAAUUGAAAUGGAGAAGGCAUUCCAGGGCCAGAUCAUGACUCAAAAUGACAUCCUCCUCCAGGAAAAAAGGAAGCUUCUAGAACAAGUCACAGAUCAAGAAGAACUGAUCUGCAGGAAUAAGUCCACAAUCUCUGCAAUCCAGAGCAAGGCGUUUAUACUGGAUAAAGAAAACCAGCAGUUGCAGGAAAACUGCCUCCGGCUCAAGCAGCACAUCAGUCUCUUAGAACGCAUUAUAAGAAGCAUCCAGAUUCGCAGAGCGGAAGAAGCAGUAAUCAGUGACAGUGCUGCCUUUGAAAUACUCAGAAAGAUACUACCUUUACAGAGUUCCAGUUUCUCAGGAGCAGGUUUGGUAUUGUCAAUUGAAAAUCUCCAGGAGACGGUGCUACAUAAGUCAGAAGGAACAACAGUAAUCCCCAAGUCCCCUGAACCUUUUUCAUGUUCACAGAAUUCAGAAAAUGGAUAUAUAAACGUGACUUCUCUAAAAGAGACAUAUAACACACAGGGGGACCAAAAGCCAGGACUAUGAUGUCACUGGUGUCUAAAACAAUACUAAUUGAACCUACUAACUCUGAGGGUGGAUGUACAGGUGUAAACUGAUCUGGAGGAGUCUCGAACAACACCCUGGACAAGCAACAAGGAGUCUUCAAAACUGUUGACUAAACAGUCAUUAAAAGUUUUCUAAAAAUGGA